AUGGCUCGCUUCUCGUCGAAACGCACUCUCGAAGAGAUAGUCAACAAAUCCGACUCGGACGAUGAUGACUAUAGUGAUCAUGCCGCACGACCAUCUAGAUCAGCGCGCAAGUCCAAAAAGCAGUCAAAGCCUGCCAAGAAACGGCGACGGCGCGAUUCCGACGAUGAUAUUAUAUCAGACGACGACCUCUUGAGUGAAGCCGAUGAAUUGUCUUAUGAGGAAUCGGAAGAAGAGGAUGGCACCGUCGAGAAGAAUGCUAGAGGUCUUAGGCGACGAAAGGCUGUCAAGAAUCGUCCGUUGUACAAGGAGGAAUCCGAUGACGAGGAACAAUCGGAGGAGGAAGAGGAGGAGGAGGAGGAGGAGGAGGAGGAGGAGGAAAACGGUGAUGAAGAUGAAGAUGCAGAGGACACAAAACCUCCUCCUAGACAGCGAAGGACCGUGAUUACACUCAAACUCGGCAAGGCUGCUAAGAAACAAGCAAUGCUCGACGAGAAUCAACCUACUAGACGCAGCACCCGCCAUAAUCGUGAUCCUUCCGAGGACAUCUAUGCACUGACCAAUUCAGGACGACACGUAGAAACCAUCGAAGAGGGUAUCGUUGCUGCGGCUAAUGGGCCUCGCAAUACACGCCGCGCCUCGAAGACCGUGGCAAGCGCGGCUCCGAUUGAAGAGGAAGAUGAAAAUGGCUCGAACAAUAUCAAGUCUAUCGAUGAAAGCGCUGAAACAAAGCAAUCUCAGUUGGAGGUCCUAGAAAAUGAUCCUCAGAAUGACUAUGAUGAGGAUGUACCGAAAGACACCCAUAAUGCCGACGUGGAAAUGGCUGACGAUGGAGUUAUUCCGGAAUCAGACAAUGAAGCACAAAAGGCGGAAGGCGAUGACGAGGACGACGAAGAUGAAGGGCCGGUUACACGGAGAAGGAACAGGCCGAGCCAAAAGUCUCCCGCUCACGAGGCAAACUCGCAAGCAGACGAUGCUUCUACAGGCAGGCGCGGCCAAAAACAACCACCACGCUCAUCUCAACGUAAACAAGACGAGAGUUCUGAUUUUGAGCCAGGCGAAGAAGAGUCUGAGGACGACGAUUUGGUAGAGUCUGGCUCAAAUGCCUCACCGCGCAAGGAGCAGACCGCACAAGACGAUAAUAGCAGUAACGGUAGACGGCCUGGUCUACGGGCCCGCAAGUCCCAGUCUCGUGGACGCGAUUCUGAAGUAUACGUUGAUGAAGCGGAGGAGCUGGCCGAGGAACUCCAGGACUUGCAACCAUCACGUCGUCGCCGACGAAACGUUGAAACCAUUACGUAUGAAGACAAACCUCGUCGUAGUAGAAAGGACGUCGAUUAUCGUCUCAUUCGACCAGAUUUGAUCCUACCAAUUGAGGAAGAGGAGGGUGAAAUUGCAGUGAACGAGUCUCCUUCUCGCCGUGGACGUGGUGCAACUGGAGCUUGGCAACGCACUCUCUUUUCGACAUCGGGACCCUUUGGCGGCGGUGGACCUGCCGCUAUUUUGGGACCUCCUGGUGCUCCAGGUGCCACUGCAAAUGCCGAUAGCGACAGCAGCGACGAUGAAGUCAUGCAACUGAAAGGUGGUCCAACAGCAUCAGGAGCGUUGGCUCCAGGUCUCGGAGGCAUCGCAUUGCCACCUGCGCAAGCUCACAAUGCAGACGCCGCAGCUCCAGGUCUUUCCGGAACGCCUGCAAACUUUGGAAAAGUUAAGGACAAGCAAGCAUUGGCUGAUGCCGAUCCUUUGGGUAUUGAUCCGAACGUCAACUUUGACAGCGUUGGUGGUUUGCAAGGUCAUAUUGAUCAGUUGAAAGAGAUGGUGGCCUUGCCUUUGUUGUAUCCCGAGAUCUUUCAGCGCUUUCACAUCGUGCCGCCGCGUGGAGUCUUGUUUCACGGACCCCCCGGUACCGGUAAGACCUUGAUGGCGCGUGCUCUGGCAUCAAGUGUUAGUUCCGAAGGACGAAAGGUUACAUUUUACAUGAGAAAGGGUGCCGAUGCUCUGAGUAAAUGGGUUGGUGAAGCCGAAAGACAAUUACGCUUGCUCUUUGAAGAAGCUCGCAAAACUCAGCCGAGUAUCAUCUUUUUUGAUGAGAUCGAUGGACUUGCCCCGGUCAGAUCAAGCAAGCAAGAGCAAAUUCAUGCUUCAAUCGUUUCUACUCUGUUGGCUUUGAUGGAUGGUAUGGAUGGUAGAGGUCAGGUUAUCGUUAUUGGAGCGACUAAUCGACCUGACUCGAUUGAUCCUGCUUUGCGUCGCCCUGGUCGGUUUGAUCGUGAAUUUUACUUUCCUCUACCGAACAAGGACGGCCGACGUGCUAUCCUAGACAUUCACACCAAGAACUGGGAUCCGCCUCUGCCAGAACCUAUCAAGGACGAAUUGGCCGAGUUGACCAAGGGCUAUGGCGGUGCCGAUCUUCGUGCUCUUUGCACGGAAUCUGCUCUCAAUGCAGUGCAAAGACGGUAUCCACAGAUCUACAAAUCCAGCCAAAAGUUACUCAUCGACCCCAAGACGAUCGAAGUCACUCCCAAGGAUUUUAUGAUCUCUAUCAAGAAGAUUGUUCCAUCAUCCGAACGAUCCACAUCGUCAGGUGCCACCCCAUUACCCAAAAGUGUGGAGCCCUUGUUGCGUGAUCGUUUCGUAGAGAUCAAGCAUAUCCUUGCCAACAUUCUUCCCCAGUCGAAACGCCUAACGGCCUUGGAGGAGGCCGAGUUUGAAGAACCUCACGGUGGAGCUAGUUUCAAGAGGGAGCAAAUGCAUCAGGAAUUCGAGACAUCUCGCAUUUUUAGACCUCGCCUUCUCAUUCGGGGAUUGCAAGGAAUGGGACAGCAGUAUCUCGCCGGAGCAGUUCUUCACCAUUUCGAGGGUCUUCAUGUCCAGUCCUUUGACCUUCCAACUCUUCUUAGCGACUCUACCAGGUCUCCAGAGGCUACUGUGGUACAACUUUUUGCCGAAGUCAAGCGUCACAAACCAAGCGUCAUCUACAUCCCGAAUGUGCAAACGUGGUACGAUACUGUCGGUCCUGUAGUGGUAUCUACAUUCACUGGCCUUCUCCGUUCUAUACCUCCAACAGACCCAGUUUUGCUCCUUGGAGUACUUGAAGAUAGCGAAGAUGCUCAUGAUCCAACGAUGUUGAAGUCGCUUUUUGGAUACUCGCAGAAGAACCUUUAUACCCUUCCACCACCAAGCCAGCCUGCCCGAUAUGAGUAUUUCGGCAGGAUAACAGACUAUCUAAAGACUUCGCCACUUGAUUUCCCUGAUCCAGAGAACCGGAAAAAGAGAAGAUUAGAAACUCUUGAGGUUGCACCUGCUCCGCCGCCAAAGCCAGCGCCGCCUCUGAGCAAGGAGCAACAAAAAGCACAGAGGAGAAAAGAUCGCCAGACGUUGAAUCUCUUGAAGAUCAGGAUCCAGCCUAUCAUGGACCAGAUCAAAAAGUACAAGCGAUUCAGGACUGGCGUGAUCGAUGACGCUCAAAUCCGCUACUUGUUCGAGGAGGAAGACCCUUCUAUUCUAACGAGCGAUCUGCCAUUGGAACAACAAACGGUCUUCCGGCCCUUUGAGAAAGCUCAGGAUAAGCACGGAGUUCCCGGUUUGAAGGAGACUGCAACUGGUAGAUUCUUCUACAACCUGGAAAUCGUGACUAUAGAAAAACGCCUAUCUAACGGCUACUACAAAAGGCCAAAAGAUUUCUUAGGUGACAUUAAGAGGAUCGCCAAGGAUGCUCGUGCUUUGGGCGAUCAAGAACGUCUUUUGCGGGCCAACGAACUAUUGACAAAUGUCGAAGUGGACAUUGGUGGUAUCGAACAGACAGACCCCGCACUGGUAGCAGAGUGUGAGGCUGUAUACAAUCGAGAAUUGGAACGCGAGAAGGAAGCUCUCGAUCGUGCUAAAAAGUCCGACCCUCUAGCCGACAUGCCCCCACCGAAUAGCAAUGUACCGCAUGGAAACACUGACUCCAGUCAUUCCACGGGCCCUAUCGUGUUGGGUCAACCUUUUGUGAAUGGAGCUAGACCUACGACACCUUCCCGUCUUUCAAAUGUUAUUUCUGCAAGCAAUGGGAAUCAUGGCGGUAGCGGGGAUGAUCUGAAUCAACACGAUACUUCAAAGAGCGACCAGUCUCGUGUGGAAGAUGGAGAUACACUCAUGACGAAUUCCGAUGAGCUAGAUUUUUCUGGUCGUCUUACAGCGAAUAGUUCUUUUGGCCAGUCAGCUCAGCCGAAACACCCACUGUCAAACACUGCACCUUCGCUUCAGAUCAGGAGAGAAUCUGGCAUUUCGAGUUUAUCGCAAAAGGCACCUAUGACACCGAUGGCUCCUGGGUCUCAGCCAAAUGACUAUAGUAACGAUGCUUCCACAACACAAACAACAUCGGACAAGAAGACGGAUCAAUCAACUGGUCCACAGCUGCAUACACAAAGUCCUGUGACUGGAAGCGGACCACGCGUGGAUUACCCCGACUUGACAUCAUAUCCUGACCGUAUUUCUCAAGAGGAGCAACUUCCUGAUACCCAACAGGAUUACCCUUACUCUCAGAACAGUCAUAUGAACGGAAGUCAAACACGCGGUCUUCAGCGACCAGGCACUGCUCCAAGGCAGUCCGCACCACCAGCGGAUAUCAAAUCUCUCCUGAAUAACGAAGAACAAUUACCGCGCCUUAUCAUUGAUCACGGCUACAUCGACAAGCUCCGCACAGAACUGACACUGCGGACAAGUGGUUGCACAGUCGAACAGCUCGAGCAGAUCAACACCCAUUUGAUGGAUUGUCUCUGGAAGAAGCGUGGUGAUUGGGACAGAACCAAGGUCGCCGUCUCGCUGCAGGAAGAAUUCAACGAUGUGUUUCAAGAUAUGCAACAAAACCAGGAGUUCAUGUCCAUGAGUCAACCUACGAAGGAACAGUUGACUUCGAGGGGGGUGAUAGCUCCUCACAAUCUAUGA